UUCUAGAAUAGCUGAUCUCGUAGUCCUUUUGAUCAUUCCUGUGGUCAUCAUGACCUUCAUCCUGCUCCAGAUACGCCAGCGACUCUGGGGCUCCAACAUUGGGGUCACCACCAAUGUCAGGAGGAAGAGGGCUGUCAUUCGCUUCCUGGCAUUUGACAUCCUGAUCUUUGUCUUGUGUUGGCUUCCCUUCUACACGACUGACGUCAUCUCUGACACUGUCAAAAUCGUUUCCGAUGAGUCUGAGAGAAUAGAUGAGAACGAGGCGUACAGCGUUCUACGUUUUAGCUUCAUCGUGCUAGCGCUCAGCAACAGUUUCCUCAACCCACUUAUCUACGCCUUCUUCAACAAGAACUUUUUGAACGAGGUCCGACUCAUGAUGUCCAAGAACAGGUUCUGCCACUGCUUCCUAAACAAAGUGGGGCCUGUCACUACGGAAGAUACGCAAGCAAGCGCCGUCCCUGACGUGAAGACUCUAGGGGUCACGUGACUACAGUGUAGGUCAUGAAAAUAAAAAAGACCUAAUCAUCUCCCAAUCUAUUCAACGCGUACAGCGUACAAGAGAGAUUAUAAUGAGCAACUUUUACAAACAGCGAUUAUCCCCUGACCUCUGACCCUGAGCAAGGUCAAGUUCGUGUGGUGACAUUAAUCACAGUGUUUUCCGCACCCAGUGAAGGGGAUGGUCGAGAUCUCCAACAAUCUCUGCUGCUUGUGUACUGGCUCUGUUUCCAACAAUCUCUGCUGCUUGUGUACUGGCUCUGUUUCCAACAAUCUCUGCUGCUUGUGUACUGGCUCUGUUUCCAACAAUCUCUGCUGCUUGUGUACUGGCUCUGUUUCCAACAAUCUCGGCUGCUUGUGUACUGGCUCUGUUUAGUCCAUUUCCAGGACUACAAUGGAGAUUUGGCUCAUGAUGGCCUUCUAAGCACUGUCAAAAAACUAAAGUUAAUGACUGUACGGCCGUAUAAUGAGAUCCUUAGGGCUCGCAAAGACUUUCCUGCAGGGAACAGUAGCUGGGAAAAGAAAAAGAGAGACAGAGGACGCAAUGGAAGAACAACAUUUAAGGAACGGACGGUCCUGUCUAUGAAAGAGACUUGAAUCUUGUCAAUAGAAGAGAGAAAUAGAGAGAUAGACGGUCGACCAUUGGAUCAACAGACUGAUGGACACAGGCAAAGGUGAACACAGGUCAACUCUAUGUGUUUCAUUUUAAGCAACCGUUAAAACCAGACUACAGGUCAGUCAGUCAGUCAGUCAGUCAGUCAUGGUCACUGAUUGAGAUACGUGAUUGACACGGCUUCAUAGAUGAAACCCAGCUUGUAGUCGCACUCUUGUGGUAAGUGAGAUCG